AUUUUUACCUCUGAGCCCAAGACUUCCCCAGAAUAGUUCCGGGCUAGGCGUCUUAUCCUAAUGUAACUAUUGUAUUAGAAGAGCUCCUUUUCACUGUCAAAAGUGUUUCGGGUGAAGAUGAGUUACAUUGUCUCCCUAAUUCUAGUCAUUUUGGUUUGAGAUAGGGAGGAGAGGAGAGGAAGAAGGAGGCAAGCCCGUCAGGGGCGUUCUCUCGAAUGGGUCCCAUGCUCGACUUCCGGUGGCCCGAAGAGACUGAUUUCCACUUUUGAGACCUUUCGGAGGUAUCUGCGAUUGCAUCUUUUCUGUUUUAACUACGGUUGUGUUAAUCGAAGUGAUUAAAGAUUUGUUUUCGAACUUCGCUCAAUAAGACUGAGAAAUUAAGUAACAGUAAGAAAAAUGUCGGUGACACUGCAUACAGAUGUAGGUGAUAUUAAAAUAGAAGUCUUUUGUGAGAGGACACCCAGAACAUGUGAAAAUUUCUUGGCUCUUUGUGCCAGUAAUUACUACAAUGGCUGUAUAUUUCAUAGGAAUAUCAAAGGUUUCAUGGUUCAAACAGGAGAUCCCACAGGUACCGGAAGAGGAGGAAACAGUAUCUGGGGCAGGAAAUUUGAGGAUGAAUACAGUGAAUAUCUUAAGGUAUGUCCCCAGUGCUUCAAAAUCUGUUUUCUUAUGUCUUGUUUACACUUGUAAACUUUG